GAAGCGGGCGGUGCCGUGUUUCUACAUCCGGUGUGUUCGAACCUUUCACGAGCAGCGAAGACAGACGAACAGCGAAGAAUGGAGAGAGCAGAAAUCGCCAGUCCGCUGUUAGCGUGAAACAUCAGUAACAACAAGUCAACGCCGAAAACCUCACAUUAAGCUCGCAGCCAUUCGUGUACAUUUGGCGUGACAAACACACAAACCGUGUCCUGGUCGUCUGGAUUUAUCACAGCGAAGGUAUUCCACCUUCUCCUUUCUUUGACAAAUGUUGAGGCCAGAGAUCAGCCUGUUCAACAACUGUUAGAGGUGACGGGGUGAGGACAGGGAGGACUGUCGGUUAGCUUACCAGGUUUUGUCUCAUGAGAGUGACUGUGCCAUCCAGGCACUGCCAGUGACCAGGGCUGUGGCUGUGGUGGGCCCAGCCCAGGAGGCCUUUUUGUACAUCACUCCAGGCUCCCACUGACCUGUGCUGCUCACACCAUGGAUCAACAGAGAGACAAAUAUGGCGAGCGGCCCACAAGGGCCGCUAAAGCUUCCCAGGGAAGCCGCAGUGGACACUCGUCCCGACCAUCUGGCUCCUCCAGCUCCUCUGGGGUUCUCAUGGUGGGGCCGAACUUUCGUGUGGGCAAGAAGAUCGGCUGUGGAAACUUUGGGGAAUUGAAGCUUGGUAAAAAUCUCUACACCAACGAGUAUGUAGCUAUUAAACUGGAACCAGUGAAGUCGAGGGCACCACAGUUGCAUUUAGAGUACCGGUUCUACAAAACAUUGGGAACUACAGCUGAAGGCGUCCCCCAGGUGUUUUACUUUGGGCCCUGUGGGAAAUACAAUGCCAUGGUUCUGGAGCUGCUUGGCCCGAGUCUGGAGGACCUCUUUGACCUUUGUGACAGGACCUUUUCACUAAAGACUGUCUUAAUGAUAGCAAUUCAGCUGAUUUCUCGAAUGGAGUAUGUGCACUCUAAAAAUCUCAUCUAUCGAGACGUAAAACCUGAAAACUUUCUCAUUGGACGGCAAGGGAACAAAAAGGAACACAUUAUCCACAUCAUCGACUUUGGUCUGGCCAAAGAGUACAUCGACCCCGAGACCAAAAAACACAUUCCAUACCGGGAGCAUAAGAGCUUGACUGGCACUGCUCGAUAUAUGUCCAUCAACACACAUUUAGGCAAAGAACAAAGUCGGCGAGAUGACCUGGAGGCCUUGGGCCACAUGUUUAUGUAUUUCCUUCGUGGGAGUCUACCUUGGCAAGGACUCAAGGCCGACACGUUGAAAGAGCGAUACCAGAAGAUUGGAGACACAAAACGAAACACUCCCAUCGAGGUCCUCUGUGAGAACUUCCCAGAGGAGAUGGCCACCUACCUGAGAUAUGUGAGACGGUUGGACUUCUUUGAAAAGCCCGACUAUGAAUAUCUGAGGACUCUGUUCACUGAACUGUUUGAGCGAAAAGGAUACACCUUUGACUACACAUACGACUGGGUUGGCAGGCAGAUACCCACACCAGUGGGAUCUGUCCAUAUAGACUCUGGAGCAUCUGCUGUCACAAGAGAGAGUCAUCCUCACAGAGACCGGCCCUCACAGCACCCACCAAUUAGAAAUCAGACAGCAGUCUCAGAUCGACGAGGAGCAUGGGAGGUGCAGCCCACACGCCAAGCAAACUCCUCCUAUCUGACCUCCCACCUGGCAGCGGACAGGCACGGGGGCUCAGUGCAGGUGGUCAGCUCGACCAAUGGGGAGCUGAAUGCAGACGAUCCACUGGCAGCUCAUUCCAAUGCUCCGAUCACAGCUCAAGCAGAGGUGGAAGUGGUCGACGAGGCUAAGUGCUGCUGUUUCUUCAAGCGAAAACGGAAGAAGAACACACCGAGGCACAAAUGAUCAUCCACCACCGGCCUGAAACAUUACAAGUGUCCGGCUCAGUUGAUUGUGAUUUCAGAAAUCAAUAUGGUCCCAUUCAGAAUAACAGAGGGAGACAACUGAAAGAUCUUGAUUGAACUGUUCUCUGGAGGGACCAGUUAGAAAUGGUUUGUUGAGAUGUACAAGAUGCUUGUGUCUUUUGAUGGGAGUCCUUUUCAGUUUUUUCUCUUUUUCUUUUCUUUUCCUCCUCCAAGAUGUGUGGGAAUGUUUUGCAGGCCAGUCGUCCAAGCGGGGAACCUUUUUGUUGGAAUUUUGCAGAGGUUUUUUGUUGUGUUUUUGUUUUUUUUCCUCCCCAAGACACCCAGCAUUUAUGUUUUUCUCUUCUGUUUUUUUUAUCCUGUUUCUCUUCUGUGGUAUUGCAAAGGAAGAGACUGAUCUUCCUGUCCAAUCUUGCCACCUUCUUAGUUUGACUCACAAAAUCAUAUUUUCAUUUCCCCCUCUGUCAAGUCCCAGUUCAAAGUGGUUUGCCCCUCGUUAGUUUUUGAGCUCAUUUUGACACAAAGCCUUUUUGGUCUUUCCUGACGUGGGACUGAAUGUAAACCUGAACACACGAGGAACCAGGAGUGUAACUGCCUAUCUUCAUGUACAGGCACAAAGAGCAUCAGUCUGCCAUUUGGCCCCUGCACUUUUUCCUCCAAAGAGGUCAACCCUGGCACUGGGACCCAGGCCUGAGAGAACAGAAGACCAGAGUCGCCUCCUGCACUGUGUUCUCUGGGGAUGAUUUCUGCUCACGCUGCUUGGUUAAAGCACUCUCCUUAACCACUCUGCUGUCAAAACACACUACAGUCUCUUUUGACUCUCAUGCAGUUUUGCUCCUCUUGGCUUUGUGAUGAUGAGCAGCAACCUGACACUUAUAGAUGGGACUGGGGGAAAGAAAAUGCUAUUUAUGCUAUUUAUCUUUUGGUUGCCACCAGUUUUCUUACUUAUUCUAAAACAUACACACUGAAUGUAUGGACAGGAAAGUAAAUGACUUUGAAGCAUUUAUAUAAUCUGUCAUGUGCAUGGGAAGGAAAUUGCAUUUAAGGAGUUAAGACCAAUGCUCAACAAAGGAAAAAAGUGAGACCAAAACUAAGUGGAUUAGCUGGUGGAAGGGUCUUAAAUGUUGUUGAUCUUAAUAAUGUGAUGGUUAAUAAUGGACUCUACACCAGAAGACACUGGGGGAUGUUGCUUUGGAGCGACAAGAGAAACUGGCGUGAUGUGCUUUGGAGAUUGAAUCACAGCCUCUCGACGCUACUGUCCAAUGCCUUAACCCCAACCGACCGACCAGUCGACCAUCACAUCACCAGUUGGACAAACAAGUUGGCAGCAUUAUGGUUGAAAGAUUUGCAAUUUUUGGGGGUCACCCGGACAAUAAAGCCCAAAGUUGCGAAAGUUGAGUGUUCCCAGUAUCAGAGCAGUUCAUGACUUCCCUUGUAACACUGAAAAUGUAUUCCCGAGAUAGCAAUGCCAAAUGGAAGGUUUGGUGUAAUUAUCUGAAACGGUGUUGAGAUGUCAUUGCCCUCGUGUGUCCAGUCUGAAGAUCCCUCUGCUGCAAAGCGAUGUUUCAUGUUUGGAUGACUCUGCUGAACCCCCCGGUCCCUCUCGAUGAGAGAAAACGUCAGCGUGAGUGAGGGCGGAUAAGUGAGCAUGUCCAUACCAUUUUUAAUUUUAUUUAGUGUCAUGGAGGACUGCCUUGAAACAAUAUCCUCGAUAUGUCACCUUGCCUAUCCUCCUAACAGAGUGAAUUGCCGUACAUAGGUGUUUUAUUUUUUUAUUUUAUAUCUUGCUAAUGUGAAUUUUUUUUUUAAUGCAAUUUUUUGUUUUUCCAUUCCAAAUAGCCAUGGUUUUACAGGGAAAGAGAGGGUAACAAAAGAAGCUUGAGACCAUGACUGCACUACAUUUGUUGACCCCAGCUUUCCCUGACAAGACCCUGCCUUCUUUAUACUGUACUUUAAAUGUGCUUAUUACUUUAAUUGUAGCUGCCUCAUGUGCUAGGCCUUCCCUAUAGGGUGCAGGGAAUACACUUUAAAUUGAUUUUUAUCCCCAACCACUCCUUUUUUCUUUUUUUUUUUGUGCCAUGACACCCCCCUUCUCUGUGUGUGCGGGCGCGUGCGUGCACACACACACACAAACACACACACACACACACGCACGCGCAAGAGUGAUUCAACUCCCAGUGGAGCGUUAGAUUUGGCGUUUUGUGGACCUGCUCCAUCAUCCAUAGAAAAACAAUGUUGUAGAUGUUGCAAACUAUCAAUGAAUCAGUAUGUAAAUCUGCUUGUUGCGUGUAUUAACACUGUAUAGCUUUCAGUUUAUUCUUACCCCUGACAUGUCUGUUACUCUGGGGUCUAAGUUAUUGUGUUAUUGAAAGUACUUGAAUAUGAAAAUCUACGGGACCUUUUCUGUUUGUUCUUAUUUUCUUGGUCAUUAUCAUAUUAAUUCCAUACAUAGGAUUUGAGGGGAAUGGUGGGAAAACAGGCUAUUUGAAUGACAGGUAUUCAUGUUUUUGAGAUGUCUUAGUGCCUCUUGAGUGUGUUGGACAGGUGACGUUUGUCAGUCUUACCUGUGGAGUCUUGUGCUAGCUGGUGUAAAUGACCGGGUGAGGGUUAGGUCAUUGUUUUUGCCCUGAACAAGUGCAGUUAGCUGUUGGUUUGGAGGUUAAAAUCGCCUUUUUUUUUGUCUCUGAAAGAUUUACCAUAAUGUAUUUUGAUUUGGUGUCACCAAACCUGUGAUUCUCCCCACAAAGCAUCAGCGGCACCCGGGCUGUUUUAUUCCAGCUACUUGAGAAAAGUUGAAAGUAUUUCUGUUUAGUGAGAUGAAUAUCCAGACUAUAUAGCCUUCAAUGUUCUCCCCUUUAUUCUCCGAGUGCCAUUCCUGAGACUACUGCUAGCCCAUGCCUUUUACCUGUGCCAGGAAAAUAUGAAGUUGAAUGUUUUUUGACCAUCGCAUUCCACCGUGUGUCCUUGACGUGUCCACUGUCAUAUUGAGAAAUCGCAGCGCAACACGGCUCAAUUCAGUGCUAGGAAGUGUUGUCGGAGUUAAAGAGCGUGGGAUAGAAAGUGUUGUGUGAGUCCUUUCUGUUGGUUUCUUUCUUUCACGUUGUAACUCAAAAGAAACCAACACCAUUUUUAUCAACCAAGUUUAUUAUUUCAGAGUUGAAUUUAUGACUGGUCAUCUUUGCAACAUCUGCUUCUUCCUUAAACUGUGGGUCGCCUAGCUAUUUAGCUCACAGCUGAAAUGGUAGAUAUAGAUAUAUUACUCUGAUGUAUUUACUUUUUAUUCUCUGGGCCUCAUGCAGAGCGAUAUAGGAGUACUCUGUAUGGAUUGUAUCUGCAUGGCUUAUCUGGAGAAGAUGGCGAGCGGCCUCUCUCUCUCUCUCUCUCUCUCUCUCUCCCCAGUGAAUUUCCUCACCUGUAGGGCUCGUAUACUGUUGGGUCAGUGAGACGUUAUGGCUUCCAGUCCUCAUGUAAAAUAAGUAACUUUUUCAUGUCUUCUCACAGCACAUUCCAUUUCCCAUUAUUUCUGAUAUACUUCACUUCAGUCAGAUGUGCGUUUAUGGCUUUGGUUGUGUGUAACUCUCAUUCCUGUGUGUCAAAGCUGUGUAAAUCAAAGCAAAGGACAGUUAAAGUGUGAGUGAAUGGCUUAUGUCUUUUUUGGGUUCUCUGGCACUUUUUCCUUGUUGCUGUACUGUAGAAUUGUCUUGGAUUUACUGUAUAUUUUUCUUUGAGGGAGAGGUUUAGGGUGACAUUUACUGCAAUAUUGUGAUGAUUAUUUGUAAAUUGUACAGAGUUCACAAUUAUACCCUUUGUUUUUUCUGUUGGGAUCCAUCUAAAAUAAGUAUUCUUUGAUUUUGUUUGUUUUUUUCCCCCCUCUGACUGUGGAAAAUCAAAUUGUACAGCUCCAAGAGUUUAUCCUCCUCUCAGCAUUUUUUUGUUUUUGCAGAGCUAUGAUUAAGAGAAAUCUUAACUGUAAAUAAAUAUUAUUGUGUUGAAAUAUGAAUGUCACUUAAAAUGUAUUUGAAUGAGUUAGUCAAGGGCUUCAAGAAUGAAGGACCCACAUUUCUCUUUAUGGUUUCGUAUUUUUAAUUUACAGAAAGGUGAAGGUCCUUUUUAUCGGAGAUGCUUGUUUUAUUUUCUUCCUUGGAUUCAUAUAAUACAAUGUUUCACACAUGAACCUUAUAAAAUCACUUUUUAUUCCCUCCACACCUAAAGGGAAACUCCAGUUUGCACCCUUUUUUAUGUCAAAUAAAAGAUCUCUCCACCUUG